AUAGAGGUAGCCUACCGCGGUGAGAAUGAUGCGUAAAAGAAAGAACUGGUUUGUUUUCAUACUUUCAGCGCGAAUUUUGAUAAAAGUAAUGUAAUGUCUUUGAUAUGCGAUGUUUGUGCAAGUCAUUUUAUUUAUCUAAUUUUUUUAUUUUUAUUUUACACAGGUCAGGGUUAAGAAAGUAAAAAUUACACAGUCUAAUUAAUCACGGUAAAAUGUCAGUUACAAAGAUAGAGUUUGCAGUGCAGAUGACUUGUCAGUCAUGUGUGGACAAGGUGAAAGACAGCUUGUCUGGCGUUAAGGGCGUUGAGAGUGUGGACGUGUCACUAGCUAACCAAUCCGUGAUUAUAACUACAACGCUGCCCUCCUCUGCCAUCCAGGCGAAGCUAGAAUCGACUGGAAGGAGAGCCGUCCUUAAAGGCUAUGGGGACGGGGGCGGCCGGGCAGCGGCGGUGGCCGUGCUGGGCUGCGGCGAGGGCGUGCAGGGCGUGGUGAGGUUCGUGCAGGCUGACGCGGACACCUGCGUGGUGGACGGCGCGGUGGAUGGCCUGCGUCCCGGUCCCCACGGCCUGCAUGUCCACGAGCUGGGGGACCUCUCCCAGGGCUGCGACAGUGUGGGCGACCACUUCAGCCUGCUGGGGACGAGCCACGGCGGACCAGAGGAUGAUCCCAACAGCCGGCACACGGGGGAUCUGGGCAACAUCUGUGCGGACGAGACUGGCCGGGCGACCUUCCGGCUGACGGACAGAGUGCUGAAGGUGUGGGACAUCGUGGGCCGCUCGCUGGUGGUCACCGACGGCCCAGACGACCUGGGCAGGGGGGGCAGUCCGCGCUCCUCGCAGGACGGAAACUCUGGCAGGAGGCUGGCUUGUGGCAUCAUUGCAAGGUCGGCUGGAGUGUUUGACAACCCAAAACAAAUCUGUGCUUGUGACGGAGUUUCUCUGUGGGACGAGAGGGACAGACCUCUAACCGGCCCGGGAAGACGAAUAAGCAACCACUGACAUUGAUAUUGAAGGCAAACUGGUUUUGUGAUAUCAAGUCUUCUAAAUAUUUUGAUUUAUUUGGUGUAUGUGAGAUUCAUAAUAUAUAUAUUUUAAAUACAACAUUUACUAUGCAGUAAUGCAAGAAAAUUACCAAAUGUUUUCAAAGAAGCAGAUAGUGGUGACCCAGACUAUAUGUUUGUAAAUAUUUUUGAUAAAAACAAUCUAUGAAAGUUAAUUUUCACCACUUAUUUUUAUAAAAGGGUUCUUUAAAAAUCUUAAUAUGUUUUGUAGUUAAUUAUUAUAAUCACAUUUACAAUUUUCUGUUACUUUGAUAGAUUUUUUUAAGGCUGAAAGGAAUGUUCCUGAUUGUUUUGUGGUUUAUAUGUAUGCUAUUGCAGGUAUAUUCAUGCAGUGCAACUGUCGAGAAUACUUAGUUAAGUAUUUUCAGAGUUUAUAGUACAGAUAGUGUGAAUUGCAUUAAAAAUGUCCUGAAAUAGAACUGGCAUUCAUUAAAA